UUGAGUAUAUUGAUACUGUGAUUGUAACAGAGAGUAUGGAAAUUCAUAAUAUUACGGCACAGUGAGAUUGCUCGGAAGAAACUUGUCAGUGAUCCAAUUAUCGAAGAAUAUAAAUUCAUUGCUUAUCGUGAUAGAAGGGAAAUGUCAUUACGCGAAAUAUUAACGUUAUCUAUGCAUAUUACUCUUGAGAAUAUACCAAUGACGAAAGUGAAAACAAUAGAACUCGUUGAGAAUAAUGACAAUAUAUCUGCAGAGAAACUUGUUUCUCCAUUGUUAAGAGACAUUCUGGCCAAUUUACGUUCGAUUCAAGCAAGCGUUAAUUUAUUUGCACUACCAAAGAAAUUUGGCGAAGAAGACCUUCUUAAAAAUAUUGAAAUUUUAGAAUCGACAAAAUUACGAACAAAUGAUAUAGCGAUAUUAGCAGUUGGAUCUUGCUUAUUAACCAAUGAAAAAAAGGAAAAUUUAAAACAACUUUUGAAAUCUACAAAAGAUGGGGCUUUUCUUUUAUCGCGUGAAAAGGAAAAUAUACCAUUGGACUAUUCUAUUCUAAAGGAAUUUCGAUUAGGUAUAGUUUUGGAGAAACGUACUUCCGAGGAAUUGUGGAUAUUGUUAAGGAAGAUCGAGGAAAUUUCGAAAAAUAUUCUAUUUAUUAAUGUUAGGAGCAAUGAAUUUAACUGUUUGAAAGAAGUACAAGAUGUUCUUGCCAAUGAAACACAAGAAGAUAACACGAGAGUGAUAUUUGUUGAGGAAGGAAACUUUGAAUCUGGUCUCUUAGGAUUCAUUAAUUGCUUACAGAAAGAAACUGGAGGAAAAAUCUUUCGAGCUGUUUUAGUUCAGGAUCUUACAGCCCCGAAAUUUUCUUUAGAAUUGCCCCUUUAUUCGGAACAAUUCGAAACCGAUCUUUUCAUGAAUGUUUUACGGCCAGGAAACGUAUGGGGAUCAUAUAGGCAUCAAUUACUUCCAUCUCGUGAACCAAAGCUUAUGUAUCAUGCUUUCGUUAAUCAGUUGUCACGCGGAGAUUUAAUUGCGUUACGUUGGCUCGAAGGACCAAUUACGAAAGACUAUCAAAAGAAGAAUCUUGUUCGCAUCCAUUAUUCAUCGUUGAACUUUAAAGACGUGAUGUUGGCAACAGGUAAAAUAGGAUUAGAUGUGUUUCAACAGAUCAGAAAAGAUGUUGACAACGUACUUGGAUUUGAAUAUAGUGGAAUCAGUAUUGGUGGUCGACGUAUUAUGGGACUUAAUCCAAACAAAUGCUUAUCAAAUCUUUAUCAAAUGGACGAGAUUUUUUCUUGGACCGUACCUGAAAGUUGGAGUUUGGAAAAUGCAGCGACAGUACCAUGCAUAUAUUCCACAUGUAUUGAUGCACUUUAUAUUAACGGAGAAAUAAAAAAAGGUGAUAGAAUUCUUAUCCACUUUGGUGCUGGCGGUGUUGGCUAGGCCGCGAUUACCUUAGCUCUUCACGAAGGCUGUGAAAUAUUUAUUACCGUUGGUACACCAGAAAAACGUAAAUUCAUUAAAGAAACAUUUCCCAGUAUCGACGAUAAUCAUAUUGGAAUUUCGAGAUACUAGCUUCGAACAAAUGAUUUUGCAAGAAACCGACGGUAGAGGUGUAGAUAUAGUUCUAAAUUUUUUAACGGAAGUAACACUUUUAGCAUCUCUGCGUUGUUUAGCCUAUAGAGAACAAUUUUUAGAAAUUGGAAAAUUUGACUUAGCCGCAGAUAAUCCGUUAAACAUCGAUGUCUUUACGAAGGAGAUCAGUUUUCAUGCUGUAAUGUUAGAUCAAAUUAUAGUUACUAAGAACGAAAUCAAAAAUGAAAUAAGUUCAAGAGUAAAUAAACUCCUUAAGGAAAAUGCAAUCAAACCUAUUGCAAAGAUCAAAUAGAGAAAGCUUUUAGAUUCAUGGCUGCUGGUAAACAUAUUGGAAAAGUACUCAUAAAGAUACGCGAAGAAAAUGAACAACUGAAUACACCGAUCUUGACUGAACCUUAUUAUAGAUGUUUCCCGAACAAAGGUUAUACAAUUAUUGGCGGCUUUGGUGGCUUUGGUUUAGAAUUAAUCGAAUGGUUGGUUCUUCGAAAUACUAAAAAUAUUGUCAUUACUUCGCGAAACGGCUUGAAGAAUGGUAAUCAACAAA